AUGGAUCUCCAGAAGCCGGAGUCUGAGCUCCAGCGGUUUUACCACCAGUUGCUGCGUCCGCUGUCGCUCUUCCCCAGCAAGGCGACGCCCCCAGAGCCUCAGAAGCGCCGCCCGCAGGAGGUCGAGAUACUGCGGUCCCUGACGCUCGCCAAGCUGACGGUGGCGUCGCUGUGCCGCCAGGUGACCGAGUUGCUGGCCAAGAGCGGUCUGGCAGCGCUAGUGCCUCCCGAGAGCCGACUCCGCCUCACCGAGGUCAUCCUGGACGAGCUAAAGUGCAGCUGGCGGGAGCCUCCCGCUGAACCUAGUCUGAGCUACAGCGACAACCUGAAGCUGCGGAAGCGGCUCGAGGCUCAUGUGCUGCUCAGCAGUGAGCAGCUCUUCUUACGCUACUUGCACCUGCUGGUGACCAUGUCGACCCCCACAGGCGUCUUCACUGAAUCAGCCACCCUCACCCGGUUGGCCGCCAGCCUUGCCAGGGACUGCACACUCUUCCUUACCAGUCCUGAAGUCUACCGUUGCCUGCUCGCCGACUUCCAGGCCCUGCUGAAGGUAGAGCAGGCCCACGGCGACUGGGACAAGCUGCGCCCUGUCGUCCCCCCCGGGUCGUUCAAACUCUGCCCUAUCCCCUGGCCUCACAGCACCGGCUUCGCCCAAGUGCCAUGCUCUAGCCUCAACCUGAACUACCUCAUCCAACUCAGCCGCCCGACAGAGUUUUUCAGUGAGCCCGAACUGGAUCCAGUGAAGGAAUUGAGGUCCAUCCCCUGGCUGAAGAGGAGAAAGGCUCUCCGCUGGCUGCCCUCCGUCAGAAAGAAGAGAGAAGUAGACUUUAGUUCUUCACAGAUUGUGUCACUGCCUACCUACUCUGUGACUCCCACCAGCGCGGCUCCCCCCUUAUCCCACUCACCUCUCUACUCCCAGCUCAGGAGAGGCCAGUCCAUGCCCUCUCUACGUGAGGGCUGGAAGCUGGCAGAUGAGUUGGGUCUUCCUCCACUCCCUGCUCGCCCCUUAACCCCGCUGGUCUUGGGUGCAGAGAACAAACCAGAGCUGGCUGGGGACACUGUGGCUGAGGAUCUGAAGCAGAUAAUGAAGAACAUGAAAUUGGAGUGGACUCGCUCCCCACCGCUAGACUCAGGUCUGCCCCCACUCCUUGGGGUUGUGACUCGCCGCCCAGCUGCAGAGCAUCAUCUGGAGGAGCUGCAGAGGAUGUGGAGGAGCCUCCAAGAGGAAGAAGCCUGUGGGCAGUGGGACCUCCAGCACCCCAAAUCCCCUUCACUCCAACCACAGCCAGUGACCGUUACAUUGGAGCUAAGAAAUCAGGCUGUGGUUCAGGCAGCUGCUGUACGAGUCUCUGAUAGAAACUUUUUGGACUCUUUCCACGUUGAGGCAGCUGGAAUCCUGUACAACCACCUUACUGAUGAACUAGACUCCAAAGUCAUUGAAGAAAUGGAUAUCAAUCGCUUUGUUGGCACUAGCAUCAAGGAGGUCUACAAGGAGUUGAUGAGCCGAGUCUCUACUGACCACUUUCGUUUUGACCAGGGUCCCCUGGUUGAGCCUGCAGCAGAUAAAGACUGGUCAACCUUCCUGUCCUCAGCUUUUUUACGUCAAGAAAAACAGUCUCGAAUCAUCAACCCUGAGCUGGCUGGGCUUUACUCCAAAAGAGCAAACACUUUACAGUCCAAUCCUGAGAGACUGCCCUCCCUCAUACCAACCCAAUCAAGCAAAACCUGGGAGAGGCGGUCAAACAAGCUCUCAUGGAAGAACUGGUGGCAAUCCAAUUUGUCUGUGGAUGACUACUUCAAAUACCUCGCCAACCAUGAGACAGAUUUCCUCCACGUCAUCUUCCAAAUGUAUGAAGAAGAGGUUCCUGUGGAGACAGUGACCCCUGUCAAAGAGUCCCUAGAGAUUCAGCAUCCUCCUCCCCUGCUAGAAGACGAAGAGCCAGACUUUGUGCCAGGAGAGUGGGAUUGGAACACAGUGCUGCAACACAGGCUAGGACCUGGGAGGACCCAUCUCCCGGAAGAACCCCACAAAAUCCUGAGCCUGCAGAAGCGUCUGGAACAACUAUGGUCCAUGCUUGAGGUCCCCAACAAGGAUCGGCUGGACAUGGCCAUCAAGUACAGCUCCAAUGCCCGUCUGAGACAGCUGCCUUCAUUGGUGAGUGCCUGGGAGCAGGUUCUGAAGCCCAUUCAGCUGCGGGAGACAUUGCUGGGGAGACUAGAGUGGUUUGAACGACAAGCCUCCAACCCCAACCGCUUCUUCCAAAAGACUAACUUGGGCCUGAAUCACCUCCUGGAGGAGAAUCAGAUCCGCAGCCAUCUCUACAGGAAGCUCAAUCUAGUUGAGUCUUCUUUGGUUCCCCUCCUGGAGGAAAUUGAGUUAAUCUUUGGUGAGCCAGUGACUUUCAAGGGGCGGCACUACCUGGACAAGAUGAAGCAUGACAAAGUGGAGAUGCUCUAUUGGCUGCAACAGCAGCGGCGGGUUCAUCACCUGGUCCAGGCUCAGAAGGCCUCCCACCAGUCAGUCCUGUUCAGGGAGCUCAGCAGCCAGCCUUUAACAGCUCCUGGGAAUACUCCCACUACCCUUUGA